CACUUUGUCGCAAUGCUGUGGUGCUUGUUGCUGCUGUGUGUGAGCGGUGCUCUGGCACAGCCCUCCCAGGAUGAAAUCUUCUCCUUGCCGGGGCUGAACACCAGAAUCAACUUCCAACAGUGGUCGGGCUACCUGGAGGCAGGUCCUGGCAUACAUCUGCACUACUGGUUUGUGACAUCUCAACGAGACCCAACCACUGACCCAGUGGUCCUGUGGCUGAACGGUGGCCCAGGGUGCAGCUCAUUGGACGGGUUCCUCGCUGAAAACGGACCUUUGCACGUGAAUGAAAAUGGACAGACCCUCUACAUUAAUGAGUUCAGCUGGAACAAGGUGGCCAACAUGCUGUACCUGGAGUCUCCGGCUGGCGUUGGCUUCUCCUACUCCGACAGCGGAGACUACACCACCAACGAUAAAGAGGUUGCCGAGAACAACUACUUGGCUCUGCAGGAUUUCUUCAAGAAGUUCCCUGAGUUUGCAAGCAAUGAGUUCUAUGUGUUCGGUGAAAGCUAUGCUGGGGUUUACGUACCAUCACUGAGCCUCAAGAUUGCAGAAGGCUCAGCACAAAUCAACUUCAAGGGUUUUGGAGUUGGCAAUGGAAUGAGCAGCCAGCGUUACAACGACCAGUCACUUGUUUACUUUGCCUAUUACCAUGGACUCUUCGGGGACACAUUGUGGUCCAACCUGAAUUCAUACUGCUGUGGAUAUGGACCCUGCAACUUCUACAACAACAAUAACUACAACUGCCAAGAGUCGCUCUACCAAGUCUACCAGAUCAUCUACAACAGUGGACUCAAUUUGUAUGCAUUGUACAGGCCAUGUUCUGGGGGAGUACAGAAAUAUUUUAAUCGACUCCAUGCGGACAUGAAGAACCUCUUCCAGUUUUACAAGUUUGAUGAGAAGAUGGCCUCAGGUACGUCUGGAAACUUUGCUCCACCGUGCAUCAAUGAUACAGCUAUGUGGACCUGGCUGAAUCGUGCUGAUGUGAGGACGGCUCUGCAUAUCCCAGCAAAUGUCCAGGGCUGGGAGCUCUGCAGUGAAGACAUUAGUAGAACCUACGGCCGCAUCUACACCAGCAUGCAGAACUUCUACCUGUCGCUCCUGAGUAAGGGUCUGCGUGUGCUCGUCUACAAUGGGGACACCGAUAUGGCCUGCAACUUUCUGGGAGGCAACUGGUUUGUGCAGUCACUCAAUCAGGCGAAAACGGUCAAUUACCAGCCGUGGAUCUGCAAUAACCAGAUUGCUGGGUUCUACGAACAGUACGGAAGCCUCACGUUCCUGACAGUCAAGGGAGCUGGACACAUGGUACCACAGUGGGCACCCGCGCAGGCUUUGAAGAUGUUCGAGUCCUACCUCUCCAACACUCAGUACUGAGACAGCGCCCGUCCACGGUUUCCCAGCCCAAUGAUUGGCUGCUUUUCCUGCUUCUCCUAUGACAAUAGGCUUUUAAUCACAGAACACGGACUAGAGUAACCGGCACCAAGCUAAGCCAAGUGUAAAUGAGACUAAUAGAAAGUGGGAGAGAAGCUCAGUCACAGCUUCAGGCAACAUUGUGAACCUCACUCAAUAACCCAGUGACAAUUCACAUCAGCUGGUUAACACUAGGAUACAAGAAGGUUCCACUCUGAGAACUCAAACCUUUUAUUCCCAAGUCGGAGAUGAGCAAGAACAUGUACGGGAGGACCACAGAAACACCUAUGAUGGGAGUACAAAAAGGGGCGGCUACCUACCAGCUGCUGAGGGUCGGAGUAAGUUUGCUCUGAUCUCCCAGCUGCACUUGGUUCCAUCCCGCCCCACGAUUGUUGCAGACGGGGAAAUGUCCCGUCCCACCAGGCAGAAGAUGCCCACUGCCCUGCAUGAGCAGCAAUCCAUCCUCAACCAUCCCACUGGUCUCCCAAAUGCUUAUUUAUGUGUACAAACUGUAACCUAGGCAAGAGCAGUGCAGAGUUAUUCAGGGCCAAUGUUAGCCACCCAAAACACUCCUUUCCCGUUAAUGAGGCAUGAAUAUUUAUCUGGGAUUGUUCCAAAGUGGGGCCAUCCCCUUAUUAGGAAUGUCUCCCUUGUGCACAGGGAGAUCCUUCUGCCCAGUUUGGCUCAGUUUGGUGCUGGUGCUGUUUCUAAUUACAAAUCCUAUUCCAGGACUUGGCUAGUUUGCACUCAGAGGAUAGUUAAUCACUGAAAAUUCACAAACCAACUACCGUAGUUCCUUGAAGGAGCUUCUUCAAAGGAGCGAUUUAUGAUGACAUAAAUGUGAUUUUCAAACAAAAGCUCAGGGGAGGAAUGGAACAAAUUCAACACUUUCCCUCCCCCUGAGAGCAACUCUUAGUCCACAACCUUCCUUCGGGUGAAAUAGGUCAGAAGUCCAGGAGUGCGGUGCACGGCCGCAGGUGCGCAGUUUGCAUCGACACUUGUGGGCCUUUGACACUUUGCGGUGUGGAGUUCUCUUCGCUGGUGGCGGUGUAGAAUGGGAAUGGGCCCUGUGCUGGGGCCGGCACAACAGGGU